AUGGAUGUUAAGAGCUUAGAAGCAUACUCAAUCAUUGGAUUUGAUGGAUCGGCUAUUCGAGGUCUAAAAGUACACCCCGAUGGCGAGCAUAUUGUAUAUCCUAUGGGAAAUAAAGUCUGUAUCCAAGAGUGGAAGACCAAGAAAAUGUACUUUCUCAGUGGCCACACAAACAGUGUCUCCACUGUAGCUAUUUCUCCGAAGGGAACCUAUGUUGGCUCUGGACAAAUCAAUCAUAUUGGAUUUAAAGCAUCUGCUAAAGUGUGGGAUUUUAAAAAGAAAUCUAUGGUUGGCACUCACGAACUUCAUAAGGUGCGAGUGGAAGCUUUAACAUUUUCAUCCGACGAACGCUACAUGAUAUCUUUGGGCGGCAGGGACGACGGCUGUGUGGUUUUAUGGGAUUGCGUUGCUGGAGCAGCAACUGGAACAGCCGCGGCAGCAAGACUGACAACAGGCGACGCUGUUACUUUAACUUCGCUAUCAUUAAGGGCUAAUUCCUUUGUAACGGGCGGAGAUGGAAACCUUCGAGUAUGGAAUAUACGCGCGGCGAGCAAGAAUUUGGACGUUGUUGAUGUGAGUUUGGGAAAAUUACGAAGAAGUGUCCGCUGUAUUGCUGUCAGUCAAGACGAUUCUUAUGGAAUAGCUGGUACCACAUCUGGUGACAUGAUUAAGUUCUCAAUCGGUUACCCAUCUGACCCGAUGAUGGACGUGUCUCAAUACAAGCCAUCACUCUUGGGCUGUUUGGCCAAGUGCGGUCCAUGGAAAAAAGGGAAGCGCCCAGAGUCGUUGUGUUACAGCCAGGGUAUAGAAACUAUAAUUAUUUUGGACGAUGGAUGCCUUGCAGUGGGUUCCGGUGAUGGGACUAUAGAUAUUUUAGACGAAAUCAAUUGGAAAGGAGAUUUUCCCAAAGGCAAGAUUGUAGAUCCAAAUAAGCCCCACUACAAAGCCCUAAAAUCUCUCAAAUUACAAGGAAGUAUAACAUCUCUUGAAUUGAUGGAGACUCCUCAAAUGCGCGGUGACAAGCGGUUGCUCUUAGCGGGUACAAGGACUAGUGAAAUAUACGCAAUCAAUGUGCGCACUUUCGAGCCUAUUUUAGUGGUGACGUGUCCACGCUGCGCUAUAAAUAACAUCGCAUUUCCAAGAGGUAUGUCCGGUGUGUUCGCAACAGCGGGUGCCGGCGAUGUUCGUGUUUGGUGCGUUAAGACUGCGCAAGAGUUGCUAAGAAUCGUAGUUCCCAAUUUUAUUUGUUCUUCAGUUCUCUUCUCUAGCGACGGGAAGUCAAUCGUAUCAGGUUGGAAUGAUGGUAAUAUCCGCGCUUUUACUCCUCUCACUGGUAGACUGAUAUACUGUAUAUUCAACACCCACAAUAAGGGCACUUCGGCACUGGAUAUGACAAAUGAUGGGAGGACUCUUAUUUCUGGUGGAUGUGAAGGGCAGGUUCGAGUUUGGGAUAUAAAACCAGAAUGUCAAAGUUUGAAAAAAGUCUUGAAGGAGCACAAAAGUCCAGUAUCAGCAAUUCAAGUUUCUCCCAAUGAUAUGGAAGCGGUCAGCGCUGGCACCGAUGGCUCGUGUAUCAUUUGGGACCUCGUGUCCCUCUGCCGUCGUCAAGUGAUGUAUGCCAACACCUUAUUCAUGUGCGUUUGUUUCGAACCGCUCGGCUGUCAACUGCUAACGGGGGGCACGGACCGUCGAGUGGCAUAUUGGGAGACUGGCAGUGGCAAUUUGGCUAGAGAAUUGGAAGCAAGUAAAGUGGGCGCAAUCAACGGUCUGCAUAUCACUCAGAAUGGGGAAUUGUUUGUGACUGGUGGCAACGAUCAGAUGGUUAAAUUGUGGAAGUACCAGGAGGGUAUCUACACGCACACCGGGUUAGGACAUGCCGGCGCUGUGACUUGCUGCAGGUUCAGUCCAGAUGCCAACUACAUUGUUAGCUGCUGCGCGGCUGGCAGCAUUAUCAUUUGGAAAAUGCCUGAACAAUACCUUUCAAAGAACUCAAAACCUCCAUCUGGACGGAAGAGCACAACACAAUCUCCCAAGACAUUACAAGAAGAACUCAGGUUGCCCCUAGAUGAAAAAUUGUCUCAGAAGGCUGCUGGGGAUAGACCACACAAGGUGCCUGCAGCACCCUCAAAGGUGGAAAAGAUUGAAGCAAUGGAUACAACUCGCAGCAGUGUCCACUCGUGCUGUCCUUGUGAUACAGCAAAAAGUAAAGCGUCCAACAAGACUCCCAGUGACAAAGGAUCAGGAAAACCUAAAUGCUGUCGGCCUCCAGAUAACUUGCCUACCAGAACAACAAGUAAGGAGUAUGUCAGCAGAAGUGGGGAUAAAAAAUAA